AAAAUAUCGCGAAGUAACAAUAGCGUUUGCUCGUUUGCGUUUCAUGACUUAAAAGAUAAAUAUUUUAGAUUAUUUAAAUGUAUAAUAAGCGAAAGUAUUAAUUAUUUAAGUGGAGUCGUUUGGAAAGUAAAAGUUUCACGUCAAUCAUUUAUUUCACAGAAACAAACACGUACUAUUUCCAUUCUACCAACAGAACUAGAGGCUACAAAUGUGUACACACAUACACACACAUAUACAAGUUUAAUGUAUAAAUUUACUAUUUCAGCAGUACACAUUCGAUAUAUUGUGUAUACUUUUUUAUAUAAAUUCGGAUUCAGUCUAUUCUCCAAUAAGUCCAACUAAUCAUCAGUUGAAUAGAAAUUCGUUUAUUCGAUCUUUACAGUUGGAUAACACGAAGGAUUGAAAUGCUAGACAGAACCAGAUAGAACGAAAACUAUGUUAUGGUUGACGUGUCACAGUUGCUGUGAUAGUAUUUCGCAAUUAUCAAUAUCAAUUUCCAUUCGAUUCAAAAUGUUACGAUUAUUAUUCAUUAUUGCAACAUGUAUUCUUUGUGCGACUCAAAAUACCGGUCUCGAAAAAGUUACAGAUCAAGAUCUUUUGAAUUUAAUAAAAACUGAAAAAUAUGUUGUCGUACUUUUUACAAAAUCAAAUUGUAAAGAAUGUGAUGAUUUUGAAAAAGAAUUAUUCCAUGUGCGAGAAGAUUUAGUUGACAGCUUAUCUGCAUGGGUUGUUAAGGCGAUAAACAGUCAACUUUUACAUCUUUUUAGUCCGGAAAAGGAACCAGUACUUGUAUUUUUCAGGCAUGGAAAUCCUUUGUUAUAUACUGGUGCUGUAAACGAUGAAGAGAUUCUAACUGUACUUACUGAAAACAAAGAACUUGCAGUAAAAACUCUUACAGAUGAUACUUUUGAGCAUUUAACUCAAGCAAGUAGUGGAGCUACAACUGGUGAUUGGUUUAUUAUGUUUUAUGCUACUGAUGAUGUAAAUUCAUUAAGAAUAGGUGCAAGAUGGGAAACGGUUGGUGCAAAACUUAAACAUAGUGUUAAUGUUGCACGUAUUGAUAAAUAUACUUCUGGUGCUGCUACAGCCAGAAGAUUUAAUGUUUAUAAUGUUCCUGAAUUUAUUUUCUUUAGACAUGGUAAAAUGUAUCGUUAUCAAAUCCCAAAAUAUGAUGUUAAUUCAUUAGUUUCCUUUGCAAGGGAUUGGUAUAAAAAUGCUCAUGCUGAAAAGGUUCCAGUUCCACAGACCCCAUUCGAUGAUCUCACACAAAAGAUAGCAGAUUUUCUUCGUGAAAAUCCAUGGGUUAUGAAAAUAGGCAGUAUUACUAUUGGUAUAUUAGUUAUCAUUUCUGUAGCUUCCAAGCUUAGACAUAAGACAGAUGUACCACAGAAGAAGGAACAAUAAACACUCUUAUUUUUUUUAUUAAUAUAUAUAUGUUAUGGGUAAUAUAUGGAAAAAAAUAAUUUAU